GACUCCCCCCCCCCCAGGUCACCUGGAGUGGUACGUUCCGCUCACGCUUUUUCCCCAGGUGCCUCUAUAAUAGGCGGUGCUGGAUGCGAGGAGCGGCGCGAGUGGCGUGGAGGUGGUGGGAAAGGGCACCAAGCGGUGAUCGCGGGCCGCGGCGGAGCUGGCUCGCCAUGCAAAGCGAAGGCGGCGGGAGGAGCAUCCAUUCCGACAACGUCUCCGAGGUCCACGACGUGCCCCUGCGGGUCAUCAUCAGGCCCAUCCCGCCGGUGCUGGACGAGCGGAAAGUGGAAAGUCUCAUGAAGACCAUCCAGGAGGAGCCUGACCGGGUUCCCCCCAUUGACGUGCUCUGGAUCAAAGGCCGAGAAGGCGGGGAUUACUUCUACUCCUUCGGAGGUUGCCACCGUUACGCGGCCUACAAGCGCUUGAACAAGGAAACCAUCCCAGCAAAGAUCAUCCGGUCGAACCUCAGCGACCUGAGGACUUACCUGGGCUCUUCUCUCCCCGACUUGCAAUAGGAGGGGGGGGGGCUGCCCUCACCUCCAGUUCCAGAACCUCCCUGGACCUUCUGAAUCUUGGAGAUGAGCUGGACCCGGGGAUCCGUCUCCUUUGCCAGACCUUAAACAACGAGGACCAGCAACCUGAUUUUUUGUCCGUAUCUCCGUUGGGGGAUAGAGCAGGGGUCUCCAACCUUGGCCGCUUUAAGACUUGUGGACUUCAAAACUCCCAGAAUUUC